CGAUUUGUGCUGAAUGUCAUUUAAUGACGACAGUUCUGUGCACAACGUCAAAGAAUUGGUUUGCCAUUUUUCGUGUAAGACUCAUCCAGUAAUUUAAACACAUAAAAUGAACAGCAAUAGCAGCACGCGUCGGUGUUCGAAGGACAACAUUCGCGUACGCAUGUUGCUGGAUAAAAAAUUUGACAGGGAUUCAUCAUCGUCAUCGGAUUCCGAAUUCUCUGAUAGUUAUGAUAGCCGUCUGGAUGAUGACUUCAAUGCGAUGCUUAAACAAACAAAAAUAAUAAAGAACAUCAAGGAAGAGCAAUUGAGCGUGCUGGAUCCUGACGAUAUGGAAAUAAAUGAACUGCUCCAGAAUUGUGAAGCUGUUGUUAAGCACGAGUACAGUGAUAGGCAACAAGAAACUACAGAUAACACUCAGCAGAGCAACAUAACGGCAAUAGAAAACGUGAUUAAGCCGGAGAGCUCUUUUCGAAAUAUGUCGCCUGGGAAUGAUGAUGAAAAUUAUCAGUACAUGAAUGAUGAAACGAUAACCGCGAGUCAAUUAUAUGAGGAGAAUGAAUUACAUGAAAGUGAGGGACCAGUUGAAAUGUUGGCGGCUCCAUUACCGACCGAAGAAGAUGGUGUCACACCCGACAAUUCUCUACUAUCAGAAUAUGAUGAAUAUGGAGAAUAUAGUCUUGUGGACUCACCUCCGUCGAUUUUUCAUUCGACCGCAAGGCUAUCGAGGAUGCCAGAGGAAUUAGUCUUGGAUGACAGUAGCUGGACGGACUUUGAGUCAGAUGUCACGGAUACAAAUUUUACCAGAAGUAUGAAUUAGAUUUCUUUCUUGUUUUGUGUUUUUUAUAAAUAGAUUUCAAUCAAAUAAAAUGUGCAGCAUUGAAUAGUA